UUCUUCCUCAGACACUCACCAGUCACUGCCUGAAGCAGUAAUCGGACAACUCUCGUUCUCAAUAAGUCAGUCUCCUGAGAUACUGAGCUAGGCUCAAUGGGUUCCAACACCUAAAAUGAGAAAGAAAAAAGUAGUCCUGUAGUUUACAUUUACUGCGCUACAGCUUCUACCAACACUCUGAGAGCUGUUUAAGACAGCGGGCUGUCCUCUCUGCUGGACUGGCCGACCGUUUUUCCAGAAGAUUUCUUUUUUUUAAAGGGGAGGAUAAAAGAGGGGAUAAACACACAGGGAUUCAACUCUAAUUGUAGUCUAUGGAAAUGCAGGAUCUAGCCAGUCCUCACAGCCGAGUAAGUGGAAGCAGCGAAUCUCCUAAUGGUCCCAACCUCGACAACUCCCACAUCAGUAACAAUUCCAUGACCCCCAAUGGCACAGAAGGUGAUAACAUCACAAUGCUCACCACUGCAGACUGGUUGUUAGGUUCUAACUCACAGUCUACAGCAGUUAAAACAGAGCCAAUGAGCAGCAGUGAAAUCGCCUCUUCAAUCACAGACUCCGCUUUAGACAGCUUCUCAGGAUCAGCUAUUGGAACCAGUGGCUUCAGCCCAAGACAAACUCACCAGUUCUCUCCGCAGAUUUACCCUUCCAACAGGACGUACCCACAUAUUCUGCCGACUCCUUCGUCUCAAAACAUGGCUGCGUACGGGCAGACGCAGUACACCACAGGAAUGCAGCAGGCCGCAGCAUAUGCAAGCUACCCUCAGCCUGGUCAGCCCUAUGGCAUCCCUGCUUAUGGUCCAUUGUGGGCAGGCAUAAAGACCGAAGGGGGUCUGAGCCAGUCCCAAUCCCCGGGACAGACGGGCUUCCUGAGCUACGGCUCUGGCUUUACCACACCACAGACGGGACAGGCCCCUUACAGUUACCAGAUGCAGGGUGGUUCUUUCACAACAACAUCUGGGUUGUAUGCAGGAAACAACUCAUUGACGAACUCAACAGGCUUUAACAGCACACAACAGGACUACCCCGGUUAUCCAGGUUUUGGCCAGGGCCAAUAUGCUCAGUAUUACAACAGUUCCCCAUAUACCUCACCCUACAUGACAAGUAAUAACACCAGCCCCAGCACCCCUUCCACCACCACCACAUAUACUCUCCAGGACCCCCCCGCUGGGAUCACCAGCCAAGCUCUUACAGACAACCCUGCAGCAGAGUACAGCACCAUCCACAGUCCAUCAAACCCCAUUAAAGAUUCAGAUUCAGAUCGAUUGCGCCGGGCCUCGGAUGGAAAGUCACGUGGCCGUGGAAGAAGGAACAACAACCCAUCACCACCGCCCGACUCUGACCUUGAGCGAGUUUUCAUCUGGGACCUGGAUGAAACAAUCAUCGUUUUCCAUUCCUUGCUCACGGGGUCUUAUGCCAACAGAUACGGACGGGACCCUCCAACUUCUGUAUCAUUAGGACUAAGGAUGGAAGAAAUGAUCUUCAACUUGGCAGACACACACUUAUUCUUUAACGACUUAGAGGAAUGUGACCAGGUACAUAUUGAUGAUGUGUCCUCAGACGAUAAUGGCCAGGAUCUAAGUACAUAUAACUUCAGCGCUGAUGGUUUCCACGCAGCAGCUACGAGUGCCAACCUUUGCCUGGCCACAGGCGUGCGGGGAGGCGUGGACUGGAUGAGAAAACUCGCCUUCCGCUACAGACGAGUAAAAGAAAUCUACACCACCUACAAAAAUAAUGUUGGAGGUCUGCUGGGCCCUGCCAAAAGGGAAGCCUGGUUGCAAUUGCGAGCAGAAAUUGAAGCCUUGACGGACUCCUGGUUAACACUGGCACUGAAAGCACUAACAUUAAUCCACUCAAGGUCAAACUGUGUGAAUAUCCUGGUGACCACCACGCAGCUCAUCCCAGCCCUGGCGAAGGUCCUGCUUUACGGCUUGGGAGUUGUCUUCCCUAUAGAGAAUAUUUAUAGUGCAACAAAAAUAGGGAAGGAAAGCUGCUUUGAGAGAGUAAUUCAAAGAUUCGGGAGGAAAGUUGUUUACAUUGUUAUCGGAGACGGUGUGGAAGAAGAACAAGGCUCAAAAAAGCACAACAUGCCUUUCUGGAGGAUCUCCAGCCAUUCGGACCUCAUGGCCCUCCACCACGCUCUGGACCUGGAGUACUUGUAGCACUGCACCACAGUACGCCCCUCUCUACGCAUCAGGACAUAGAUCCAACCGCCUUUCACCAUUGCUCUCGGCCCCCAUCUCAUGCUUGCUGUGGCCUCCAGACUACAGAAAGAGGGAAAAGCCCCUCCAUCCCACCCCCUUCCUCCUUUGCAUGCUGCAUCUAUCUUUUGCUACAAUGAAAGGAAAAAGAAGAGGACAGUGGGGGAAAAAAAGAAGCACACGGUUAAUGUGCUGACAUAUAGUCACACAUUGUCUUAACCCUGAAACUUUUUUUGUGCCUUUUUUUUUCUCUUCUGCGACACAAAGAACGGGAGAGAGGUGAAUUUACAGUGCAGCAGCUGCUCGCCCUGGUUACUGUGAAUCGGCUGCUUUCUAAAGCUGUUAAAGUGUUUUACUGCCCCUCCACACCUUCCCGUUUGUGCCGGGGCUCCAUCAGGUUUCACACCUUGGAAGAGAGCAGAGCUACUGACGGACUCGCCUUUCUUGCUGCAGAACUCUGUUUCAGCCGCUGGCUAAGAUUUCUGCUGCUUUCUCCUCUGCAUCCUCUGCGUUUUACCACUUUUUGACUUCCACGUCUCCCUUCUCUGUAAAUGGACAGACAGGCUUAUAGUGAUUUUUAUCAGCCUCAACGGGGGAGUCCUGUGCUUCUUAUUUAUGAAGAGACUUUGCGAGUGGCCCAAGCGCCGCUGAGAAGGUACCUCGAUGACAAAGACUUGUGCCUUUUACAAACAAACAAACAACGAGGACAAAAAAAAGACAUUUAUGGAAGAAUUACAAAAAAAAUAAAAGAAAAUGGGGUUUUCUAAUAAUUUAAGAAAAUUAACAAAAACCUUACAUCGCUGAGACAAUCGUGUACAGAGGAAAUCUUUUUUUUUUUUUUUCCGGUGUGUAAGUUUGUAAUCACUGGACUAUUCCUUCCUAUAAUCAUUUAGGUAAAUGCUCUUGAAAGGUGGCUUUGCUUUUUAAUUGAAGUAAAACUUUGAAGACAUUCAUUUGCCCACAAGCUUAUGGAGAAAACCUGAACAUGUUGGACACAUUCAAGUUGAGUUUUAUUAAAAGAAAAAAAAUCUUGUAGAUAAUGGGAUCGAUUGUUUAUCAAGACCAAAAGCAUGAAUAUCAAAGUGUCAAGGAGCUUUCUUUUGAUUCUGGGAUGUUUCUCUCCUACUAUAUGUCCCAUAUUUAAAAAGUAAAAGCUCUCCAUCUGUGUCCUUAGGGCAUCUCACCAGCUUGCAACCCUUAUCCUGACACAUUAAAAGACAAAAUUAAAUCUGAUGAGGGUUUAGAGAACGGCAGUAAAAGGCAGUUUCCUGUCUCCUGAGGGGCAUUUUAACUGCAUUUUGAAUGAAUCUGAUAUUUAAAGAAGCAAGCUUGAAUAGGUUUUAUUAUCUUUUAUACAAGCACUAUAAAAAACUCUUGUACAGCGAGCGUUAUUUUGUAUGAUGUAAUGUUUUUAUUUCGACUUUGACUUCGAUGGGGUAAUCAUAAUUAACAGUGAAAGAGAAGCCACUAAUUUUAAGGGGUUGGGGAACUUACAGGACAUGUGCUAUCAACUGUGAAUUUCUUAAAUGGAAACUGACUUGUUGAGUUUCUAAUUUUUCCCUCCUUUGCACAUGUUCACUCUUGGCCUUCACAUUUAACUUCAGAUCUUCUCUGCUUGAACAGAGUCCCCCUUUGUGUUGAAACAACUUCCCCACACACACACACACACAUAAUCUGGGGUAUCUACAUACUGCUGCUAGAUCAAGGUAAAGGUAGGUUAAUAGAGGAAAAUGUUUUUUAGAUUCAUAAAGCACGCUUUUUUAUUACGUUGCAAUCGUAAAUGCAAACUGGAAAUAAUUUACACUUCAUGGGCCUCAUUGUGAAAACGCAAAAGAUUGUUGUGUCUGCAAAAAAAAAAAAAAAUGUGUACAGAUGUUUUUGACAUUAUUAUUUGAUUGUGUUUAAAUUAAUAAAACUGAUUUGUGAGCUGU